UUUCCCCCCUUGCAGCGUCGGCUCUCUCUCUCUCUCUCCGCCGCGGCCAUGGCAGUUCACUGGCGGCUUCCUCUGCCGGCUGGCCGCCUCCACCGCCGUGGCAGCCACUGAAGACGAGCCGCCGCCUCCUCCUCCUCCUCCUCCUCCUCCUCCUCCAUGCUUGGAUGGUCCUUAGAGAUCCUAUCCUUUUCUAUGUAGCGCAGCAUUGGGUUCGUCCUCACUGGGGUAAAGCCUAUCAAGCCACGCAAAUUUAAGUAUCUGGUUAUUCAAGUAUGGUAGCGCACAAAUCAUGGGCAGCGCACCAAAUCUUUAUGGAUUGCAAGAAACUUCCUUUCUCUUACCACUGCGGUUUCUUCUUUUCUUCCGCAACAUCCUCAUCUUCUUUCCCAUGGAUAUCUCCCCUUCGAGUUCCAGGAUGUACCUCCUCAUCCGAGCCAUGCCCUCCCCCCGCUUCUUCCAGCAUCCUCGUGGAAACGCGAAGGAAACCCAGAUCGAUAUCUCACCAAGAUGCCAUAGACUUGAUGGACCGCGAGAGAGAUCCGCAACGGGCGCUGGACAUAUUCAACAGGGUGGCGGACCAAAAGGGUUUCAACCACAACAACGCCACUUUCGCGACCAUACUUCAAAAGCUCGCUCGUUCGAACAAGUUCCAGGCUGUCGAUGCUGUUCUUCAACAGAUGACCUACGAGACCUGCAAAUUCCAUGAGGGUAUCUUCCUCAAUCUCAUGAAGCAUUUCUCGAGAUCGCACAUGCAUGAAAAGGUGCUCGACAUGUUCCAUUUGAUUUAUCCAAUCGUUCGUGAGAAGCCCUCUUUGAAAGCCAUUAGUACUUGUCUUAAUUGUCUGGUGGAGUCAAAUCAGAUUGGCCUUGCCAAGAAGCUUCUCUUGCAUUCAAUGAAAGUUCUAAACUUGAGGCCCAAUACGUGCAUCUUUAAUAUUCUUGUUAAGCAUCAUUGCAAGAAUGGAGACAUCGAAUCUGCUUUUGAAGUUGUGAGAGAGAUGAAAAUGUCCAAGUGUUCUUACCCAAAUUUGAUUACUUACUCCACCCUGAUGGAUUGUCUAUGCAAAAGCGGGAGGGUCAAAGAUGCUCUCCAACUGUUUGAGGAAAUGAUAGCAAAGGACCAGAUUGUUCCUGAUGCCUUGACUUAUAAUGUUUUGAUAAACGGGUUUUGUAAAAGUGGAAAAGUUGAUGGGGCAAGAAAGAUAAUGGACUUUAUGAGAAAUAAUGGGUGCAAUCCCAAUGUUUACAAUUUUUCAACCUUAAUGAAUGGGAUGUGUAAGGAAGGGAGGUUGCAGGAGGCCAAAGGUGUUAUUGCAGAAAUGAAGGACCUGGGUAUGAAACUUGAUGCAGUUGGUUACACUACUCUGAUUAAUAGCUUCUGCAGAUCAGGAAGAACUGAUGAGGCCUUGGAGUUGAUCAAAGAGAUGAAAAACAUUGGAUGCAAAGCUGAUAUUGUAACUUUUAAUGUGCUACUUGGAGGAUUGUGCAGAGAAGGUAGGUUUCCAGAGGCGCUGCAGAUGCUUGAAAGAUUGCCUUUUGAAGGUGUACAUCUCAACAAAGGAAGCUAUAGAAUUGUGUUAAAUAGCUUGUGUCAGAAAGAUGAAAUUGAGAAGGCAACGGAGUUGUUGCUCCUGAUGUUUGUUAGAGGGUUUCUUCCACAUUAUGAAACAUCCAAUGAAUUGCUCAGCUCCCUUUGUAAGAAGGGAAUGACUUUUGAUGCCGUCAGGGCAUUAUUUGGAUUGGUUGAGAUGGGGUUUACACCAAAGCCUGAUCUUUGGUCCCUUUUAGUUGAGGUGAUUUGCAGGGAAAGGAAGCUACUGGUCACAUUUGAGUUGCUGGAUAAGUUGACAGGACAGAAAGGUAAGAUGCUCCCUCCAAUGGCUGAAAUUGAUCAAUGAGAUCUCAUCAAGAAUAGGGUAUGCUUUCUCAACCAUAUAAUGAUCAUGAGCAUUUACUCUUCGUGGACGAAAAAGAGGACGCGCUGCUUGUUUAUCCAUUAGAAGUCCACAAAUUCUACAAUUUUUAAAUGCCUCAGUUGAGUCUCUUUUUGGAGCAGUAUGCGAUGUUAUUCCCAACUGCUGUUAUUCCUAAGUGGGUAAAGAAUAUCAUGCACCUCAAGUUUGUUCCCUGUGCUAAUAGACUGAAACAGCAGGACAAGGGAUGCAUGCCAGGAGCACUGUAGACAAUCGAAAAAUUGUGUGGUGAUUUCUUUGGCUCUGCAAGCAGAUGGCACAGAACAAAGCAUUUCUACUGAUUGCCACGGACUGGGGAUCACCCCACUAGUUUCUGUCUCCUGCUGGAUUGUAAAACCAUCCUUUUCUUUGAGCCUGUUGGCCUUGAAUUUGGAAGAUACUUAUCGUGAUCUUUCUAAAAGCCAUGAUCGAGUCAACUCUAUCAAAUCAAGUGGAUGACUGUUAGAGCCACGGAAAAAGUUUGUGGUAGGUUUGGUUGUGCUCUGAAAAAGCCUACUUUUCACUGCUGUCCCUUCUGGAUUUCCUUACUGGUAGUCCGAAGUUCGGUGCACUACAGGCAGAAGUUUUCUUUACAGAUAAAUGCCAAUGUAACCGUCCCAGUGUGAUCAGCCCAUCCGAUCAGGUUGCCAAUCUUCUGCAUGUAGAAAUUGGAGAAAGCGCAAGGACUAGGUAGACAGUUACCCAAGAUUGUAAUCUCAGCUUGUCAUAUUUCCACCCUAUUUUUUCCACCCAACACUCCAGAACACGGCAUUAAGUAGUUGCUAUGUUGAUUUUUCUGUUGCUUGUGUUGCCUAGACUUUGACACAGAAGCUAUCUACAGCACGUCCUGGUUUCUGAUGCAUGUUUGUCUUUAGACAUUGUAUACAUAAUGGCUGAACAUGAAAUCCUUAUCGAGUGCUUAUCUUCA